AUGUAUAAAAAAUUACAAGAAAUCAGAAACGAUCCCAAUUUUGCAGAUGCGGUGGUAUGGAAGGUGUGGCAAGAUAUCCUCGACGCUUUUUCACAUAUGCCCAAUUUUAGUUUAGAGGAAGUGCGCGAGAUAAUGGACGAAUACCACCAAGAAGGUUACUGCAAGCGCAAGAACUAUAUUGAAAUGCACGAUCGCCCGAUGGCUUCUCUUGAUGAUGUACCAAAUUUGAGAACGCUUAAAGACAGAACAACUUUUCUUCAAGUCUCCUCUCCUGGACUGUAUAUAUACUACUCGAAAACGACUAUUCAGAAAGUCGUCGAGAACGGGCUGACCGCCCUGAUAGCGGAUGGUAUCCACAAGCUACCACCGAAAGCUUUUGAAGAUGAUGGACAACUUUGCAUUGUCCAUGGAGUGUGUAACGGAGGAAUUGAUGUUCCUCUAGUGCAUGUAUUGACAAGAAGAAAGAACGAAUCAGUGCACGACAAAGUUUUCGGAAUGAUCAAGCAGGAGCUAACAGAAUUACGUGUAGACUGCAGAAGACUAAGAAUUAUAAUUGAUUUUGAGAGAGCCGCUUUGGUUGGAAUAAAAAACCACUUUCCGGAAGGCUGCGUAGAAGGGUGCAGCUUCCACCUGGCACAGGCGUGGAAUCGCAAGGCGCUGUCAUUAGGACUGCGUUCGGAAAUGAAAGAACAUCUAGUGAGGGAUUGGUGGAUGACUCUCAAGGGCCUCAUUUUCCUUCCCCCACGUCUCCAUCGUAGAGUACCAGCGCUACACGGGCCACCAGUACCACCAACGCAUCCAGCUUAUCACACGCAGCCUCCGCGUUCUAAUCCGAUAGCGCCACGCCCCUGUCCGGAAAACCCUGAAGUGCUUGCACGGGGCCAACAAUCGUGCCAUGUGCACCCUUCGAAACCUAGAGAGGGGUAUCGCUCGAAAACUUUGACAAAAGGACAUCGUAAGGAGAGAGAAAAUUGA